AUCGGAGUUAUAGAAUUGGCAGCAUUAUCCAUAUUCUAACCACACGAUCAUAGAGCGAAGGAGGGAUGGCGGUCCUCUCAUCUCUUCCUCUCUGCGCUUGGCGCCAUCAUCGGCCUUCUUCUUCAUCAUCCUCAUCUUAUUUCCCUACAACCCAACUACCCGUUCCUGCAACCUGUUUUCCUUGUCGUCCACCCAUUAGAGUCUCAAACGUUUUCACCCACCAACGGACGAUCACAGUUGACAAAUCUAAGUUGAGGGUCUCUGAAGCCACCUCCAAGGAUGAGCUUUGGGCUGCUGCUUGUCUCCGCGUUCGCACCUUUAAUCAGUUCCGCCCCGAUUCCUAUGACAUCGACGAUCAUAAGAGGUACUUGGCAGAGAACGAAUAUGAAGCAAUUCAAGAACGUAUUGCUGGAAAAAGGGUUAGCUUUAAAAGAGUGUCUUGCAUAAAUGCUACUCUUCCAUUAGCCGAAAUAUCAACCCUAGCCGAUGAUUUAUGUUCAACAUGUAAGUUUUCUGAUGAUGGAGAGGACCGAGUUGUUGUUGGGUCACUCGACCUUAAUCAGUGUAUAAGGCUUCCAGAUGAAAUAGCGGGAAUGAAACCUGAGGGAAUUGGGGCCGAUUUCGCAAGGGCAUACCUGAGCAAUGUAUGUGUUGCCAAGGAAGUGCACAGAAAUGGGUUGGGUUUUGCACUUGUUGCAAAGGCAAAGACAAUUGCGGAAGAUUGGGGCAUCAGUGAUCUAUACGUCCACGUAGCUUUCGACAACGAACCCGCAAAGAACCUCUACUUGAAGAGUGGUUUUGUCCAUGAAAGUGACGAACCUGCUUGGCAAGCCAGGUUUCUAGAUCGACCACGCAGGAUUCUCCUGUGGACUUCUCUCUCAGAACUUCUCUGAUAUUGCACUGAAUAGAGUUUUGCUCAUUAUUUUACGUGCAAUUUUCUCUCUCUACCGGUACACAGAUCAUUUCUGUUUUUAAUUUACUACAAUUCUAUUCAAUGUAAAAUUAUGUGGAUAUGUUGUCCCUCUCCAUAAUUCAUAAUAUAGCAUGAAAAUAUUGAAUUGACAAA